UGGGGGCUGCCAACGCGGAGCUGCAACCAUGGUGCUGUCCGCGGGUGACAAGACCAAUGUGAAGGGCAUCAUGAGCAAGAUUGGUGGCCAUGCUGAGCAGUAUGGAGCAGAGACCCUGGAAAGGAUGUUCACCACCUACCCCCAGACCAAGACCUACUUCCCCCACUUCGAUCUGCACCAYGGCUCUGCCCAGAUCAAGUCUCAUGGCAAGAAGGUGGUGACCGCCCUGAUCGAGGCCGCCAACCACAUCGACGACAUCGCUAGUGCCCUYUCCAAGCUCAGCGACCUCCAUGCCCAAAAGCUCCGUGUGGAUCCUGUGAACUUCAAACUGCUGGGCCAGUGCUUCCUGGUUGUGGUGGCCAUCCAUCACCCCUCUGCCCUGACCCCGGAGGUCCACGCUUCCCUGGACAAGUUCCUGUGUGCCGUGGGUACUGUGCUGACUGCCAAAUACCGUUAGACAGCACUGAUGUUGAAGCUGGACUCGAUUCACCACCAGCCCUCCUACAACAAGCAGCCAAAUGUUCUGAAAUAAAAUCUUGCAUUUGUGCUCUA